ACUUCAAAUUCACUCUGUCAAAUACAGAGCAGUCUUUUCAAAAGGAAUGAGCUGCAACUGAGCUGCAGCUCCUUUGCCAACUUCUUUCACAACCUCUUUGCUAAAUCGCAGUCAAUUGAACAGCUGAGCUAG